CACACAUACAUAGCUGUAUGUUCUUGGGUAGCUACGCUCAAUUAUAUCUGGCGUUAUAAAUAAAAAAGUUAUAUCAAAAACAAAAUUACGUGUCUUGACUUUAGCAGCAUAGGAUGUGUGCGUGAAUAUCUAUCUUAAGUGAUUGCUAAGUAACGAAUGAAAGAACACAAGUUGAAUGCAGGCAGUAUGUUGAUACUAUAUAUGUUACUUAUAAUAGUGGCUGACGUGUAUGCGAUAUACACAGGAAAACCUGAGCAAACAUGUGGACAAAACGCUUCAUAUAUAGAGUGCCCUUCAGCUUGCCCAUCAACUUGUAAGACACCAAACGAACGGAGCUGCAAGAAAAGAUGUGUACCUAAGGGUUGUCAUUGUAAUCCCUCAUAUAUUUUAUCAAAACCAAGAGGGCAAUGCAUUCUUCCAGAUGACUGUCCGGGUGGCAACCCUUGUCCUCAAAAUGAGACAUUUGUAGCCUGCAGUAUAGGAUGUCCGACGAACUAUUGCCCGGUUGAUGACAGUCUUGCUAUUUUAGUCUGUGACCCUUCUUUGCCAUGUCCCUCGGGAUGCUCCUGUAAACCGAAUUACAAAAGAAAAAGUGUCAAAGAACCUCGUUGCAUACUAGCUGCAGAAUGUCCACCAGUAAAAUGUACUCGACCCAACGAGGAAUGGAAUCCGUGUACAAACUCCUGUCUUAGAGAGAACUGCUAUGAUUUGACAACGAAGAACAUGGCCUGUAAGCCUCAGGGCUGCGUGCCGCGGUGCGCCUGCAAAAACGGUUACUACAGAAAUGAUUCCGGUAUCUGCGUACCUGAGUCCCAAUGUCCUCCACCACCUAUUAAAUGCGGAGUCAACGAAGAAUAUUCGACGUGCAAAAUAAAAUGUCCGCCACAAUUUUGUAACAUUUCGUAUACGGACUACGGAAUUUGCCCUAAUGACACCAAAUGUGAACCUGGAUGUAACUGUAUUAAAGAUCAUCUCAGAGAUUUCGAGGGCAAAUGUGUUCUGAAUGACAAUUGUCCGCCACCACCAACUCCUUGUGGCGGAAAUGCGACAAACACAGACUGCGCCUCGUCAUGCCCUCCCACUUGUGAGACUCCAAAACCAAAAAAUUGCAUAGAGUUAUGUAAACCUGACGUAAAGUGUCAGUGUAUGCCGUCUUAUGUCUUGUCACCAAACGGAGACUGUAUUUUGCCGCAAGAUUGUCCAGCCCCACCGCCCGUGUGUGGUAAGAAUGAAGUUUCAACAAUUUGUAAGACGACUUGUCCAUCUGACUCAUGUGACAGUGAAAAGCAACAAGCUAUUUGUAAGCCCGGCCCUUGUCGUCCCGGUUGCAACUGCAAAGAAGGUUACGCUCGUGAUUCAGAUGGGAAAUGUAUUCCGAAAGAACAAUGUCCAAAGACGCCAAGUCCGUGUGGCGGAAAUGCGACAUACACAGACUGCGCCUCGUCAUGCCCUCCCACUUGCGAGACUCCAAAACCGGGAGUCUGCAUAUUUGGGUGUAAACCUAACGUAACUUGUCAAUGUAAGCCGUCUUAUGUCUUGUCACCAAAUGGAGACUGUAUUUUACCGAAAGAUUGCCCAGCCCCACCGCCCGUGUGUAGUGAGAAUGAAGUUUCAACAAUUUGUAAGACGACUUGUCCAUCUGACUCAUGUGACAGUGAAAAGCAACAAGCUAUUUGUAAGCCCGGCCCUUGUCGUCCCGGUUGCAACUGCAAAGAAGGUUACGCUCGUGAUUCAGAUGGGAAAUGUAUUCCGAAAGAACAAUGUCCAAAGACGCCAAGUCCUUGUGGCGGAAAUGCGACAUACACAGACUGCGCCUCGUCAUGCCCUCCCACUUGUCAGACACCAAAACCAGAGGUCUGCGCAGAGGUGUGUAAACCUAACGUAAAGUGCAAAUGUAAGCCAUCUUAUGUGUUGUCACCAAACGGAGACUGUAUUUUGCCGCAAGAUUGCCCAGCCCCACCGCCCGUGUGUGGUGAGAAUGAAGUUUCAACAAUUUGUAAGACGACUUGUCCAUCUGAUUCAUGUGACAGUGAAAAGCAACAAGCUAUUUGUAAGCCCGGCCCUUGUCGUCCCGGUUGCAACUGUAAAAAAGGUUACGCUCGAGAUUCAAAUGGAAAAUGUAUUCCAAAAGACCAAUGCCCAGCUAAGCCGAUUAUAUGUGGAGGCAAUGCCACUUUAGUAGACUGCACUUCGGCGUGUCCUCUUACUUGUGAGACACCAAAAUCGGAAGUAUGUAUUGCGCUAUGUAAACCCAAAGGCUGCCAAUGCAAACCUUCUUAUGUCCUGUCACCAAAAGGCGACUGUAUUUUGCCACAAGACUGUCCAGCCCCAACUCCUUGUGGUGGAAAUGCAACAGCCACAGAUUGCGCUUCCUCAUGUCCUCCCACUUGUCAGACACCAAAACCAGAGGUCUGUGCGGCAGUGUGUAAACCUAACGUAAAGUGCAAAUGUAAGCCUUCUUAUGUGUUGUCACCAAACGGAGACUGUAUUUUGCCGCAAGAUUGUCCAGCCCCACCGCCCGUGUGUGGUGAGAAUGAAGUUUCAACAAUUUGUAAGACGACUUGUCCAUCUGAUUCAUGUGACAGUGAAAAGCAACAAGCUAUUUGUAAGCCCGGCCCUUGUCGUCCCGGUUGCAACUGCAAAGAAGGUUACGCUCGUGAUUCAGAUGGGAAAUGUAUUCCGAAAGAACAAUGUCCAAAGACACCAAGUCCUUGUGGAGGAAAUGCGACAUACACAGAUUGCGCCUCGUCAUGCCCUCCCACUUGCGAGACUCCAAAGCCAGGAGUCUGCAUAUUUGGGUGUAAACCUAACGUAACUUGUCAAUGUAAGCCGUCUUAUGUGUUGUCACCAAACGGAGACUGUAUUUUGCCGCAAGAUUGCCCAGCACCUAUAUGUGGAGGUAAUGCAACAUUAGUUACAUGUGCUUCGUCGUGCCCUUCCACUUGUCAGACACCGAAUCCCCAAUCCUGUAUAGCGCAAUGUAAUCCUAACAGUUGCCAAUGUAAAUCUUCAUAUAUCCUCUCGAAACCAAAGGGAGAAUGUAUUUCACCGGUAGACUGUCCAGGUGGUAGCCCGUGUUCGCAGAACGAAACGUUUGUGUCCUGUAAUAUACAAUGUCCAAAUAGUUAUUGUCCUGUGGAUGAUAGACAAGGAAUACUGAUCUGUGAUCCUCCACGACCCUGCCCAUCGGGAUGUUCAUGCAAGCUGAAUUAUAAGAGAAAGAGUAUUAAAGAUCCUCAGUGUAUACUGGCUGAAGAGUGUCCACCAGUAAAAUGUACACGACCUAAUGAGGAAUGGAACACUUGUCCAACUUCGUGUUUGAAAGAGAACUGCGAAGACCUAAAAUUAACAAACACAGCGUGUAAGCCAUCUCGGACGAAUUGUCAACCGCGUUGUGCUUGCAAAGAAGGAUUCUAUCGAAAUUCGUCAAGAAUUUGUGUACCCGCCUCGGAAUGUUUCCCAUCAAAAACGUGUGACAUUCCUGAUGAAUGUAAAGCCACUUGCGCGGAACCGAAUCCUAAGAACUGUCCGUAUCAAUCUGCUACUGAGAACGUGGAAGGCUGCAAGUGUAAACCAGGAUUUGUUUUAUCAGACAAAAAUGGUGAAUGUAUAAGAAUCGAGGAAUGCCCUGAGGAAUUGGGAUGCAAUGGAGAUAAUAACUCUAUUAUAACCAAAUGUCCUCCUCCAUGCCCGUCUACAUGUCAAUCUCCAAAUGAAGUGCUUUGUAAAAAGAGUUGUUUACCCGUAGGCUGUAAAUGUAAAGACGGAUUUAUUUUGUCUAAAUUAAAUGGACUUUGCAUCAAACCGGAUAACUGCACGGGUGGUAAUCCAUGUAAAAAUGGAGCUUUUUCCAGCUGCAAUAGCAAAUGUUCUUACAACUAUUGUCCGAUAGACGAUUCGCCUCCAGAUUAUAAUUGUUCGGCACCGAGUCCUUGUCGUUCUGGUUGUGUUUGCAGAUUCAACUACAGGAAAAAGAGCUUUAGCGAUGACCAAUGUAUAUUGGCUUCGGACUGUCCUCCAGUUAACUGCACAAGACCUAACGAAGUUUGGGACUCUUGCCCAUCAGCAUGUCUAAACGAAGGGUGUGAAAAUGCAGGCAAAAAACCUCCAGUAUGCAAUACACUCAUAUUAAACUGUCAACCUAGAUGUGUCUGUAAGCCUAACACUUACAGAGAUAAAAACAACGUAUGCGUAUCAGUGGACCAAUGCCCUACUCCACCAGUUGUGUGUGGUGCAAAUGAAGUUAAAACUUGUCAGCUUGAUGACGAUUACGAUACCGAAGUGAGCGUUUGCAAACCAACUUGUGUCUGCAAAGAGAAAUACUCAAGAGAUUCAAACGGAAAUUGUGUUCCUGAUACACCACCUUGUGCUUCAAAGACUUGCGAUGUUCCACCUGAAUGCAGACGUACUUGCGCCGAACCUAAUCCGAAGAAUUGUUCUUAUCAAGAAGUUUUCAAGAACAAAAAUGGUUGUAAAUGUAAGCCGGGGUAUAUCCUGUUAGACAAAGACGGCAAAUGUGUGAAAAUCGAAGACUGUCCAUCGGAUUUGAGCUGCAAUGGCGACGCCAAUGCUUUGGUGUCUCAGUGCCCAUCUCCAUGUCCAUCCACGUGUUCGGCUCCUAACGAAAUUCUUUGUAAAAAGGCUUGUCUGGAUGUUGGAUGUAAAUGCAAAGAGGGAUUCAUCUUAUCAAAGUUAAAUGGUCUUUGUAUACCACCGGAGAAGUGUAAAGGUGGUAAUCCGUGUGGAAAGAAUGCGACAUUUUCUAGCUGCAGCAGUAGAAGUUCCUACAAUUACUGCCCUAAGGAUGAUUCUCCUCUCAUCUACAACUGCGCGCCACCAUAUCGCUGUCCAUCUGGAUGUGUAUGCAACCUAAACUAUAGGAGGAAAAGUAUUGACGACAGACAAUGUAUUCUUGCAUCUGAGUGUCCUCCUGUUAAUUGUACACGACCUAAUGAAGUCUGGGACUCCUGCCCGUCCGAUUGUCUACAGGAAAGAUGCGAAGACGCUGGUAAGGAUCCAGUGCCGUGUAACACGUUCGUUUUGAACUGCCAACCGAAGUGUGUGUGCAAGGCAAACACUUUCAGGAAUAAGGAUGGCAUUUGCGUGCCAGUUAACAAAUGCCCAAAGAAGAAACCUAUUCAAUGUGACCAGGUAACUAGUACACUUACAAAAUAA